UUCGGGCUCUUAUUGGAAAACGUCUGUGGAUCCGGACAUUUUCUUUCGAUCCUCUUGUCUCGAAAUGAUGUCCUCCCAAGUCAGACUGAGGCUGCUGCCGAGUGCCAGGUGUUUGUUGGACGAGCCCGUUCAGGUGAAGGUGUCUGGGCUUACGUCGGGGCAGGUGGUCACUAUUAGGGCUCGAUCCACCGAUGAGCGAGGAGUGGUGUUCACCUCCUCGGCUACAUACAAGGCUGAUGGUGGCGGAGAAAUCGACCUGAACAUACACCCUUCACUCAGUGGGAGCUUCGUUGGAGUUGAACCCAUGGGUCUACUGAGGUCACUGAGAGCAGAUAAGCUGCACAAAUAUUUCUUUAAGGACAAAGCAGUAGAGCCUCUCAUGGUGAAAUUAUCUGUGCAUGAGGAGGAGGGAAAGAUGUUGGCCGAGGUGACAAAUGAGAGGCUUCUGAUGGCAGAUGGGGUCAGCCGAGUGUCUGUUAAGGAGGGGAACAUCCGUGGAGUGUUGUUCACUCCCCCAGGAGAAGGUCCAUUUCCUGCUGUGUUGGAUCUGUGCAACUUCAUGUCUGAGAAGAGAGCUGCUCUGCUGGCAAAUAAAGGCUUUGUGGUUUUGGCAACACCCGUAUUUAAUGAAAAAUCCAAGAACAUCAAAGAGUUGCAUCUGGACCACUUUGAGGAAGCAGUGCAUUUCUUACAACGACAGACUCAGGUUGGCAGUGAAGGAGUUGGCAUAUUAUCAAGAUCAAAGGCCGGAGAUAUUGCACUUUCACUUGCUGCUUUUGUACCAGGUGUUCAGGCUGUAGUUUGGAUCAACGGCUGCAGUGCUAACGUGGGCAUUCCCCUCUAUUAUAAGGGACACCAGAUCCUCUCACCAUUAAUGAUGGAUUAUAAAAAGGUGAUUCCCACUGAGUCAGGAGCUAGUAUAAUCAAAUAUGCUGUAGAAAACCCUCUGACAGAGGAGAACAAGAGCAGUCUGGUUCCUAUUGAACGUGCUAUAGGCCAUUUCCUGUUUGUGGCUUCAGGGGAUGACCUUGGCGGGGACAGCAAGGCUUACAUGGACGACAUGGUAGAGAGACUGAAGCGUCAUGGAAAGAGAAACUUUGAGAGUUUGUUUUACCCUGCAGCUGGACACUUACUGGAGCCACCUUACGGACCAUUCUACCCUUCAGGUGUACAUGGGUUGCUGAGAUUCCCAGUCAUGUGGGGGGGCGAGCCCAGGGCCCAUGCAGCAGCUGAAGUCCACUCAUGGAGGAAGAUUCAAGAGUUCCUAAAAACUCACCUGAGCAGCGGUGUUACACAGACUACAGCCAAGUUAUAGAUAUAAACCACAAAUGAAGGGAAGAAAAGAGUGCGUAACGGUGCCAAUUUAAUGAUUUCCAAAUAAAAGAAUAUCACUUCGAUUUUUGAAAAAUUAAGAUUGCAGCUCUUUAAAGGAAGGAUUACUGAUUGAAAUAUUUUUCACAUUAUGCUAAAAGCCUGUUUUUAAAUGUUUUCAUCUUUUUCUUUACAAUUUAUUCUAAAUCUUUAAGAUAUUUAAUCGAGUUCUUGCAGAAAUAGUUUUUACCAGGCUUACCGUUCAGUCCAAAUAAACUUCACCUUUAUCAGUAUCAGUAUAUAUAUUUAAUUUAAAUUAAUGUAAGAAAUUCAAUUGGCAUUAUUACAACGAGCUAGGGCUGUUGGUGGCCUAUCGUUACCUAAUUUUAAAUUGUAUUAUCGGGCUUUCACUCUUCGCCCUCUUUUGAAAUGGUUUGACCCGACCCUUAUGGUGUCAUGGCGAGAGCUUGAAGAGAGUUUGGUUCACCCCUUUGAGCUAAGAGAUCUUUUUUUUUCUAACAUCACUACUACUCAAUGUAAAGCACAGUUUGGGACAAUUGUUGCUCACUUUGUAAUGGUAUGGAGAUCUGUGGAAAAGAUGUGUAAGAUUGAUGGAAAAUGGAAUAUGUUUUCCCCGAUAUUUAAUAAUCUCGGUCUUCUAAUGGAUGGAUGUCCCAUCAGUUUCCCUGGGUGGAAGACAAAAGGUGUUCAUACAUUGGGGGAUGUGUUUGAUGAAAACGGACUGUGCUCGUUUCAGAAACUUUUUAAGUACCCCUGCAGCUUUUUUUUAAGUUACCUGGUACUUCUUUUUUUUUCUAUUUACAACUGAGAUCCUCUAUGAAAGCCUACGGGAUCCCGUGGCAGUCUGCCCUUACAAUACACCCUAUACAUGAGCGCAUCUGCAAAGCAAGUAUACACUCAGUCCGUAAAGUAUUCACUUUUCCCACAUUCUUUUAUGUUACAGCCCUAUUGAUAAUAGGAAUAAAUUCAUUUUUUUUCUCAGAAUUCUACACAAAACACCCCAUAAUGACAACAUGAAAGAAGUUUUGAUGCGACUUUUGUAAAUUUAUUAAAAAUAAAAAUAACAAGAAAUCAUAUGAGAAUAAGUAUUCAUAACAUUUGCUUAAUACUUUGUAGAAGCUCCUCUGGCAGCAAUUACAGCCUCGAGUCUUUUUGAAUAGGUUGCUACAAGUUUGGCACACCUAUUCUUGGGCAGUUUUGCCCAUUCUUCCUUACAGACCCUCUCAAGCUCCAUCGGGUUGGAUGGGGAGCGUCGGUGUACAGCCAUUUUCAGAUCUCUCCAGAGAUGUUGGAUGGGAUUCAGGUCUGGGCUCUGGCUGGGCCACUCAAGGACAUUGAGAUGGUUGUUCUGAAGCCACUCCUUUGAUAUUUUGGCUGUGUGCUUUGGGUCGUUGUCCUGCUGAAAGAUGAAGCGUCUUCCUAGUCUGAGGUCAACAGCACUCGGGAUCAGGUUUUCAUCCAAGAUGUCUCUGUACAUGGCUGCAUUCAUCUUUCCCUCAAUCCGGACUAGUCGCCCAGGUCCUGCUGAUGAAAAACACCCCCACAGCAUGAUGCUGCCACCACCAUGCUUCACUGUAGGGAUGGUGUUCUCCAGGUGAUGAGCGGUGCCUGGUCUCCUCCAAACACGACGCGUGGAAUUCAUGCCAAAUAGUUCAAUCUUUGUCUCAUCAGACCAGAGGAUUUUUUUUCUCAUGGUCUGAGAGUCCUCCAGGUGCCUUUUGGCAAACUCCAGUCAGGUUGCCAUGUGCUUUUUAGUAAGGAGGGGCUUGCGCCUGGCCACUCUACCAUACAAGCCUGAUUGGUGGAUUGCUGCAGAGAUGGUUGUCCUUCUUGAAGUUCUCCUCUCUCCACAGAGGAACGCUGGAGUUCUGACAGAGUGACCGUCGGGUCCUUGGUCACCUCUCUGACUUCUCCCCCGAUUGCUCAGCUUAGGCGGGCGGCCAGCUCUAGGGAGAUUCCUGGUGGUUCCAAACCUCUUCCAUUUAAGGAUGAUGCAGGCCACAGUGCUCACUGGGACCUUCAAAGCAGCAGAAAUUUUUCUGUACCCUUCCCCAGAUUUGUGCCUCGUAACAAUCCUGUUUCGGAGGUCUGAAGACAAUUUUUUUGACUUCAUGUUUGGUUUGUGUUGCAACAUGCACUGCCAACUGUGAGAGCUUAUAUAGACAGGUGUGUGUCUUUCCAAAUCAAGUCCAAUCAACUGAAUUCACCACAGGUGGACUCCGAUUUUUAUUUUUUAGAAAUUUACAAAAAUCAUAACAAAACUUCUUUCAUGUUGUCAUUAUGGGGUAUUUUGUGUAGAAUUCUGAGAAAAAAAAUGAA